CCUGUUAAAGCGAUACAGUAAAGGGGUGACAUUGCAGUAGCUUAAUACGUACAAAUAACCACUCUGCAACAUUUGCACCAUCUGAACUGACUCAAAUAAUGCAGUAGUUUCUAUAAAUGGCACAUAUUUUAUGUUAUAGACUGUGGUUGCAGCCGGCUCUUUGCAGCGGAAGGAUGGAGUAGCGUUUCUUUAAACCACGGAGUCUUUUGCAGAACGUCAUAGGGAGCCGUAAACAGUGUGUGCCUUUGCUGAGGUCAGCUAAAUUGAAACCAUUAGAGCAUUAGAGUGUUGCUGCAGUGGAAAUACGAGGCUUGAUGUCAUUGGACGCGUUUUAUAUGUGUGUGUGUUCGCAAAAAAAAAAAAAAAACGAGUAUUAACUAAUAUCAGAUUAGACUGCUCAGAUGAUUCUACGGGGCUGUUCAGAUAAUGCUACAGUGCGCUCAGGCUGCCAGGUGCUUGUAUUUCAUGCUAAGGGAUGACCACUUAUGAAUGGAAAACACCUGCAAAAAAGCAGGCUGGGCUACAACACCAUCAUAUCAUUUAUGUACCUUAUAAUCACAAUAGACUGUUUAUAUUAGCUAUCUUAGGCCCACUUUAUGACUGUAUUAAGAUAGGCUGUUUAUCGAUAGGUCCGUGAUUUUAAUUUAAAGUAAUUUAAAUUUUGAGUAAUUCAAAGACUCAGCAUCUUAUUCAUCAUUAAUAUUUCAACCUGUGCCUUGUGAUUGAGGUAUUUAGGUGAGGAGUCAUACAACGUUCACGCAUUCCCACUUACACCAACGAACCAAUCCCUUCACACUAUAGGCGGUCCUUUCCCUUUCUUUCUACACUAUGUUCCCUCCCAUCCAUGCCCCCUCCUUUCUGCUCUUAUCACCGUUUCCUUAUUGCUUUCCCUAGGAAGAUAGGACUGUGCUGAAUGCAAUGCAAUUUUGCCCUGUGUUCCAUUAGCUUAACAGCCCAAAAGCAUGGCCACCGCGCUGGACUGUCAUCAGUUGUAUUGCUGCCGUGGCUUCUCUGUUUUCUCUUAUCAACGCAGACCAAUGGAAUUAUUAACCUUUGUUUUUAGCUUGUUAUAAACAGCCCAUUCUGCAGUCACCAGCGACACCGAUAACCAAUCAAUAUCGAUAGAGUAUUUAAAAGGGAUAUAGCCAUAAGGCAACACGUCGAGGAGAGGCUGGAAUUAUGAAGCGCUGUCACCAUGUCUAAAGCCACAGUGAAGAAGCUGCACUGGCGCUCAAAAGUGCAGGAGAGCUUUGUCCCCCUGGGCGGAGCCUCGGGGGAACUGGGCCUCGCCAUUGGUGGUGGGGCCGACUACGGAGAGUUCCCAUUCGUCACCGCAGCCCCCGGAGGCGGAGCCACCGUGGGUGACAUCAUCCUGGAGAUUGGCGGCACUCCUGUCCUGGGAAUGACCCUUGGAGAUGUGCGAGGGGUUCUCAAUUCCUGCCCGCAUCCCAUCCGCAUUAAGACCGUCUCCCCAGGCUCCACUCUAUGUAAGGACCUGAGGCUGUAUCUCAGUAAGUGUUUCACUCCGGGCUCAAUGGACAGUCAGCUCCAGCAAGUCAUCCGAGAAAACCUCUAUCUGCGGGCUGUUCCCUGCACCACCAGGCAGCCGCGGGAUGGGGAGAUCUCGGGGGUGGACUACAACUUCGUCUCCAUCGAGGAGUUCUUCUCUCUAGAGGAGUCUGGCGCUCUUCUUGAGAGUGGCAAGUUCAAGGGAAACUACUACGGCACACCCAGACCUGUCCACAUAGGUCCAGAGAGUCCCCCCAUCACAUAUCAGGAGCACCGCAACCUACUGAGAAACUUCCGAACUCGCAGCAAGUCCCUAAGCAACCUGGAGAAGGCUGUGGAGGAAGGGGAGAACAGCGAGGAAGACUCCGGACUGUCAGCAGGCUCUGCGGGAGCGAGCAGUGCCCCCACCACCAUCCUGUCCCCCAACCAGACGUGGGACCCCAGCAGCAGGGAUGGCAGCGGCCCAGAGAACGGGGCCAGAGGAGGAGUGCUGCCCGAAAACUGGGAGAUGGCCUUCAGUGACUCAGGGGAGCCAUACUACAUAGAUCAUAACUCAAAGACAACCAGCUGGCUGGACCCCCGAGCACAGAGCAAAGAGAUCGUCAGCAAGACCGAGUUGCCUGCGUUCACGGACCAGCCGUCGGAGCUAAAGGGCUUUUCCAUCCACACGCGGCUGUCCAAAGGGCCCAGGGGCUUCGGCUUCAAUAUUGUGGGUGGCAGCAGGCCCCGGGAGUUCCUGCAGGUGUACAGCGUCACACCUGGAGGCCCAUCUGCUCUCAAGACAGCGGACAUCCUGGCCUACAUCAGCGACACGUGCGUGCUGGGCUUCUCCCACAAGGAGGUGGUGGAGAUGCUCAAGUCCGUGCCCAUGGGCCAGAGCGUGGACGUGGUGGUGAGGCGGGGCUACCCCAUGCUCUACAACCCCGACGGCUGCCCCAAGAACCCCCAGCAGCUGACUACCCCUCCGGACCCCGGCUUUGCCCACGUGCCCGGGGCGGCGCAAUCCCAGAACCACCCCUCAGAGGCCCGCCGUCACCAGAUCGGUCGCCUCAGCAUGAACCGGUCCCAGUCGCAACACAACGGCAUCUACCCCAGAGCGCAGGGCGGUGGGUCCCCGCUGGAUGCCAACGGCAAUGCACCAGGGUAUGGCGUGGCGCCACCCUUGUAUAGUCUCAUCAACGGGAACCCUUUGGGGGGGCCCCCAGGCCGGCAGCACGGGGGCGCUGUGCCCCCCCCACCACCUGAACGCAUGUCCUCCAGCCACAGCGACACUGAGGUGGCCUCGGUCGGGGGUUCUAAAAGAGGGUCACUGAUCCGGAACUACAACAACAACUCCCUCCCUGCUCCCAGGCUCCUGCACCAGAGCUCCAAGUCUUCAGAGAGUGACCUCUCCACCUCGGCCACGCUGCCCAGCGCCAAGCUUCCGCUGCCCCAGGCCGAGGUCGGCAACACCUCCACGCCGGGGGCGCCUAGCAACCAGCGCCCUCUCAUGCCUCAGACCUCGCUCAUCGUGACCCCGCCCACAGAGGUGCCGACUUGCGGCUUCAAUGGUUGUCCGGCCAACAGCCACCCCCGCACCAGCUCUGGCAGCCUGGCAUCUCCGGGAGCACCAGGAGGAGGAGGAGGAGGAGGAGGAGGAGGGGAGAUGGUGCCCGUGGCCCUGGGGAAGAGCGAGGGUGGGGGGAUGGGAUUUAGCGUGACGGCCGGGGGGCAGGGGGGGCAGCUGGCUCUUGUCAAGAGGGUGUGGGACAGGCGGCAAUGCCCCUCCCUGCAGGCAGGGGACGCCAUCAUCAAGAUCAAUGGUGCCGACGUUCAGAGCCUAAGCUUUGCACAGGUCCAGAGGGUGCUCCAGGAGCAUGUUGUACAAGGAGAGGUGGUUCUACUGGUUUACAGAGGAGGGCCGUGCUCUGCCGUCUCCCCAAACUUCUACAAGCGCAUCCCCCACACGCUCAGCUCGUCCUCCCUCCCCCAGACCUCUCCAGACCUGCUCUCCCCGUCCUCGGACACCACGGCGCCCACCCCCAACGCCCUCUCGCCCACUUCCCCCUCCGGCGAGGUGCCCUCCCUGGUCCAGAGCACCAGCUUCCUGGACUCCAUCCCCGUCACCCUCACACUGGAGCCACGGGACUGGUUAGGGGAGGAGGUGGGCGGUAGCGGCGGUGGUGGUGGUGCUGCCUCGCGGGUGGCGUCGUCAGCGGCGACCCUGGGUGCGGUAUCAAAAGGCCAGCCGGCAGACGGGAGAGGGGGCCACCCAUCCAAGGCCCUGGAGGUGGAGCUCAGGAGGAGACCUGGCGAAGGAUUUGGCUUCGUCAUUGCUUCUCACGACGUGGUGAAUGGAGCGUCCGCCCUGCUGUCCCACCGGUUUGUGACGGUGCGCCGGGGCAGCCCCGCGGCGCGUAGCGGCCAGAUCCAGCCGGGUGAUGAGCUGGAGGCGGUGGAGGGACGCUCGGUGGUGUCGCUGCCUCACAGGGACCUCGCCCAGAUCUUGCGCCGUGCCGGCAACACCCUACGCCUUACCAUCAUCCCUCGCUCCAACACGAACACCGCUAACUUGCCAGAGUACGCAGACAUUGACUCUGAUCACAGGUCAAGGAAAGGUCACCGAUCCAGGUCGAAGUCAGACUCCAGGUAUUACAAUGUGGAUUUGGAGCGCGGACCCACAGGUUUCGGCUUCAGCCUGCGGGGGGGCAGUGAGUACAACAUGGGCCUCUAUGUGCUGGGCCUCAUGGAGGGGGGGCCAGCCUCACGCAGCCAGAAGAUACAGGUGAGUGACCAGCUGGUGGAGAUCAAUGGGGACAGCACAGCGGGGAUGACCCACAGCCAGGCGGUGGAGCAGAUACGCAAGGGGGGACACCGGAUACACCUGGUGCUCAAGAGGGGAAACGGCUAUGUGCCCGACUACGUGGAGCUGUCCAGCCUAUCUCUCUGUAUGACCAACUCCAAGCAGGACCGUGAAGUUGGAGCAGCCUCCCCCUCCUUCUCAGUGUUCACCGAGGAGCCGGGUGUGGCUGCAGUAGAUGAGCGCCACUUGCUGUCCAGGGCCAGGUCGGCUGGGACGGUGGACGGCAGAGAUAGGGGGGACAGGGAGGCCAGGAAAGGCGUGGGAGGGAGUCACAGGGGCUGGGGGGGAGGAGGAGGAGGAGGAGACGAGGGGAGAGAGGGGGGCCGCACUCCAGAUACUGACCUGGACUUGGAGAAGGAGAGCCUAGCGACGACACACAGGGAGGCCGGGAGGGAGGCGAGGGAAAGGGAGAGGGAGAGGGAGAGACACACACAGAGUUUACCCAGGAACGCGCAUAGGGGCUGGGAGGAGCACAGUGGUGUGGAGGGUCACUCAAGGAGGGAGAGGGACAAGGCCAGGGCCAGGGAGAAGAGCAAGAGUCUGGCGGACAAACGCAGGAGAGAGAGGGAGGAGCAGGGACGAAUCUCGAGAGCGUCAUUGCCAACAGAGCAGGAGGAGGUGGAGGAACAGGGAAGGGAGGACGCGAGGAGGGACAAGAGAGAGAAGGAGGAAUGGAAAGGUGACGCAGAGGAGUGUGAGAGAGAAAGAGAGAGAGAGAGGGAGCAUCAGAAAGAGAAAGAGAGGGAGAAAGAAAGAGAGAGGGACAGGAAGAAAAUAGAAGAGAAGGAGAGGAGGAAAGAGAGGAGGAGGCGAAAGGAAAGCGUUCCGGUGGAAGAGCCCAUGGAGACGGCUGUGGCAGCGCCGGCCUCGGCAGACAAAGCCGCAUUCUCCUUCCUCAUGCCGCUUGAUGCCGGCGCUUCCGACGGCGAGUCGCUAGCCGGCCUCUCGGAGAUCAGCGUGUCGGCCGCCAGCAUAUCGGGCGUGUCCCUGGCCGACGGGGUCGAGCUCGGGCACGAGGGGCCCCAGCGGAGCCUGCUGUCCCCCGGCCCAUGGCUCAAGCCCAGCCAGCAGAAACUCUCUCAGGUCCUGGAGAGCAGGAGGCUCUGGGGGCGCGACGGAGGUCUGUGGCUGCACUGAGUGGACUGGUGAAGCCUAGCCUUGGUCACCCCCAGAACAUACUCACUCUCUCUCUCUCUUUCUCUCUCUCAGUCUCUCUCUCUCUCUCUCUCUCUCCUAGUCUCUAGCCUUUAUUCUCUCUUUACCUCUCUGUACAGGUAUUUAGUCCUUUGGUGAAUGCUUUUAUCGAAACCGAAUUACAGCACAGAGAAAGCAUAUAAUGUGAUCUCAGAUCCUGAUGCUCAUGUACACUCUCUCACUCCUACACAUUUCUACUUGCACACCACUCUCUCUCUGUCCCUUUCUCUCUCUCGUUCUCUCUUGCAUGAACCCACUUUCAGUCACUUUCUGUUGCCGUGCUUUCUAAAAUCUAGUUCCUUAUCUCUAGUCCAUAUUAGUCAAUUAUCAGCCCAUCCCAAUCCUCUAUACAUUUCACACUCUUUAACAGUGAAACGCAUUUUUCAUUUUACAUUGGCAACUGCUGUUAUCUUCACUCAUGUGACAAGAUCAAACAAAAAUUAUGCAAAUUCAAAAAUAAGUCGCAUACAACUUUCCAGAUAUCACAAGUGUCACAGUAUGUAGUAAUACCGCCAUCUAGAGGACGAGUAAGUGUACAGAAAAAAGGCAGUACCUCUCUUUACUCUGGUUUUUAAAUCCAUGUAGCUCCCACACACAACUAAUUAAUAUUUAUAGUAUAUUAUCAUUAUUUGCUUAUUUUAAAGCAUGGAUCGAUUUUAUAUUUCAUGUUAUUUUGAUCAGUGUUACUUUGCUUGAUUUCUAUCUGUUUGCUUUUAUUGUUAAGUGUGGAUACUAAGCAGAGGAAAUAUUUAUACCAUUUAUUAGCUGCUUGCUUGCUUUGGAUUGUAACCUUUCUUCCCCUGAAUGAGUAGAUGUAGAAGGUUCUAGAGGGCGAGGAGCUGAGAGUGAAAGUACUGUUAAAGAGGCUAGUGCUCAGUCCCUAACCUCUUCUGGUGCCUUUUGCUUCUUUAACUGGUGUUUACCAAAAAAAAAAAACAACAUCAUAAAAACAGAAAACAACAAUGCGAAGAGAAAGUGUAUAUCACAGCAUACUUUUACCACACAGUGUCAUAUCCUCUAGCUUUGCAAGAUGGAGUAAAACCGCAUAAUCCACUGUCCUACAAAUUCAGUGACGUGAAUGAGAAUUCAUUACAAGUGCCUCAUGCGAUAGUCCUUUACAUGUCCAUCACUGGGGGGGGGGGGGGG